CUUUCGUAUACUCUUCAUCAAGUCUUGCAGUCAGACGAGUUCAAAAGGAAGUCUUUGAGGUCGUUUAGGAAGAGUGGAAAUGGUGAACUAGAUUGGAGCUCCCUAUAUCUCUUCCCGUCCGUCAAUUCCUUGUCGCCAGCUCGAGACAGCAUCACUAUGCCGUCGGAUGAAGGGAAGGAACCGGAUCGAUCGUCGUCAGAGUCCAUCACUCCACCGCCGGCAACUAACGCCAACGAUACGCAUGUGAAGAUGGAAUCCGACCUCGAUGUCAAGCCAGAUUCCAAUACACCGCUUGACCAAAAGCCAUUGCUCAAAGCUGCGCCAUCCGAGUACAUAAAGCCAGGAAUCCAGGAGGAAUUUGAGGUGGACGACAAGGAGGACGUUAUCGUGAUUGAUGAGAAACAAAUCGAGAAGGCCAAGGAAAGACAUCAAGCCGAUCUCAAGCAUCACCAUUAUGAGCCUCCUCAAGCUGAGCGAGUUCAGGAUGAUUGGCAAGUCGCAUACGUCUGGGCGUUCAUCGUGAAGUUUGAUCAACAGUCAAAGAUCCGAAAGUUAGAAUGCUUGGAGGACCUCGAGCAGUGCCUCAUGGAGCCGGUGGCUAAUCGACCGGACGACAUCCUCGAAGGAAUACUCAUUCGAUUUCUCAGCAAUCUCAAGCCCGGUAUUCGGAACCUAGACUGCACCAGCAUACAACAUCAUUUAUCAGCCUACAUUUCAUACGCCUUAUUGAACGACCGCGAUUUCACCGUUUGGGAUCGACCUUGGGCACCGAAUGAGCAAGCCAGAGGGUCCUGCUGCAAUUCUUCACCUGAAAGGAGUGAACUUGGGAGACUGCGGUAUGAGGGAGAGCCUCUUGAAGAGAGGGAGAAGAAGAAUCCUAUCAAACAGGUCGAAGAGAGGGGCGGAGGCUUGUUUGAGCUGAGCUGGAGUGAACGCGCCAAACUGUUGCGACAGCUCGUGGAUUGGCAACUGGCAUAUUCUGAACCGAUAAAGCAAAUUAUCAACAAGAAUAACAAGGUUGGGGAAGGGCGAGGUGCGAAAAAAUCGGCUGCCGAGGAGGAUAAGAAAAAGGCAGGAUCAGGGACAGGAGCGACUGCGGCCCCGUCGACUGAAGAUGAAAUCAAACUUUCGCCUCUCGGUCAGGAUAGGGACAAGAAUAGAAUAUGGUCGCUUGAUUACUCAAACCGUUUAUAUAAAUCUGGCAAUCCAUUCAAACGCCCGUGUCCAGUCACAACCAUCUCUUCCACUCGCGCUGAGUAUCAAGCUCUCAUCGACCGGUAUGCAGCGCAUGGCACCGUCAAAAUGGAAAAGCUCAAACCGAAAGAGGGCAAGGCGAAAUCCACCAACGCCGAGAUUGUCGCAUAUAAAAAAUUGAUCAAGGGGAUAGAAGACGAGAAAGAGUUGGCGGAAAAGUUGACAAAACGGUUGCCUGAGAUCGAAAAGGAGGAGGCGCGCAUUCAACGAGCACGGAGAAAGAUCGCCGCUGCUGUCGAGCUUGCUCAGCAAGCUGAGUUCAGGUCCACGAGGACCCGCAGAACGGGACGUAAUGUGAAUUAUCGAUAUGAUGAUUUUGAAGAAGAUGAAGAAGAUGACUAUCGAUCCAACAAGCGGAGUAGAAGAGACAACGCCUCCUUCAACCAACCGAAUGUGGAUCACCGCGGACGACCUGUCAUACCCGGCGAGAGGAGAUCUAGCCGAUUCUCUCGCGACAAGGAAUACAGGGAAUCUCCUUCACCCCCACGGGACGAUGAUGGGGACAUGGCUUCGCAGGCGUCUCACGAGCCAUCAUCAGCCCCACUUAUGAGUGGCAACAGCAGUGACGGUGGGAGUAGGCAGAGGAGCAAUGGGCAGGUGAAACAGAGCCGCGGGAUGAAAGGGUACGCCUGGGUGGAAGAAAUUGUGCCGUACAGCCAAUUGCGCGACAAGGAAAAGGAAGAGCAUCGAAGGGGGCAAGAGCACCCCGUGGGCGAUGGGAAUGACGAGGAGCGACCUGUCGCGGGAUCUUGAGCUCCGCAUGACUGCCAUGACAAGGCCGCGACAGCCGACGGGGACAUGGCGGAUAGUGAUUGCGCGCCCUCGCGAUUGGCGAGAUGCUCAAAAACAAAGAGGGACUCGCCAAAGCACCGCACAGCACACUGUGAACAUUAUUGUACUGCUUGUAUUCCUCCAAGUCAUAAGUACCUAGAAUCAUGCCAAUUUGCAUUUUGAUACAGGGC